AUGUAUUUGAUUUCAUUGUGUGCGGUAUUUUGUAGUUUUGGUCCAAUAUUUGUUGUGCCGUUUAUUAAUUGUAGGGAUAGAAAUAAUCAUCUGCGUCACGAUGGUGGACUCUGUUUUGAGAUCCCCUCCUGGCAGCUUCAAACAGUGGAAGUUGAACAUCAUUUAGACAAUAUAAGAAAUACUUUUGCCAACAGUUCUACGGGAAGACGACUAAACAGACAGGAUAAGGUGUCUUUAGCAAAUCGGGAAGUGAAAAGAUACGUGGACACGGUGAUAGCACCAUUUUUAGAUACGUACCACAUAAACAUACAGAACUCAUAUCAACAGUUAACAAACAAAAUAGUAAAAAGAAUAAAAGAUGAGAUUAAUGCGGCAAUAAGGAAAAAACAAAAAAUAUACACCGAGCUUACUAAUUUAGCGGAUUCAUUAAAAGUUCCACCCAUGUGCAAUGAAGAACGUCGUGCAGCACUCACACUUGCUAGCAAACACGUCUCAUUAAUAUACAAGUGCACGGAGCAAGCUAAGGAAUCUAUUUCUAAAAUGGGAAAGUACGCGGAAGAAAUGAUAAGUAUCACACGUAGACACAUGGAGUUCGCGUUACAAGAAGUGGGUAAAAAGCUAAGCGAUAAGUCAAUUUCAAGAUCUAACGUUACAUCCAGUCUAAAAGAGCUCUCCCGGGCGGCAGCGUUGUUAGGGUACGAACUUGAUCUUAGUUUGACAAAUGCUCGAAGACACAAUGAGCAGUCCUGCGAGAAACUAUCUAAUUGCAGCAUCAAAGCUCGGAGAUUUUCAGAAGAUUCAGUUCGAAAACUAAAGGAGUUCAUGUAUCAAUGUGUAUAUGCUUGA